AUGACGAGCACCGAUCAUGAACAGCCGCUGCAUCUGCUGUCCCUCCCAGAUGAGAUCCUCGUCCGAAUUCUACAGUCGCUAGAUCCGCCGUGUCUGGCUCGCGUCGCACGCUGUUGCAGGCAGCUACGGCGGCUGGCAAUGGACAACCUGGUUUGGAGCAAAGUGUAUGACCGCGCACUGACUGUCGCUUCCACAAGAACCAGCACGCCAGCAGCAGCCUCAAAUGCCAAUCCUAUGAACAGCAGUAGUACUACCAAUGCGGCCGUCCGAGUGGAGAAUCGAGCCGAAACUCGCUCCAAUCGCUCCAACCCCAAAUCCGCAGAGCGCCGACUCUCUCAAGCCUCGCCCGCACAUGGCACCAUUGAUUGGCGAUCAAGAUACAUUUGGAUGUUUGGCACCUUUUCCUCCAAGGAACUGGUGGGACACACCGAUGCAGUGCUGCAACUCGGAUUCCAGCGCAAAUCCGAACAAGCCGAUUCGGACAAUCCUGAUUCAGACGACGACGACGAAGAAAUGUCACUAAACAACUCCUUCAACGACAAUGACAAUGACAAGGAGCUAGAGUUCGAUUCAAGAUCCUCUGAACUGCUUCUGAGUGGCUCGGCUGAUGGAACCAUUCGAGUGUGGGACGCAUUGUCGGGCGUUUGUCGGCGAACGAUUGACAUUCCCACUCCGCGCCAGCCCGCUGCAAUGCGGUUUUCCGACCGUCUUGACUCUGCGUGCGUCGGUGGCGAAACUGGUGAGCUGGCCGUCGUUGACGUGGAAGCUGGUCAAACUGUCACGUCCGGCUCGUUGGCCCGCGCAAGUGCCACUCAAGGCACUCGAACCCCAACCGUAACCUCAAUCUGCAUGCUCAACAGGACCACCCUUAUCGCUGGGCUCGUGUCCGGGGCUGUCGUGCUUUGGGACACUCGCUCGCACUGCAGCCAAGCACAUGCCACGCAACUGCUCCUCCGGCACGAAGGGUCUGUCCUGUCUGUGAAGCCAGCACCCACACACAACUCCUCACAGCAGAGCUACAGCUACGAGUUACCCAAUGAGCUCGUGACAGGCUCCCGGGAUACCACGGUUCGAGUGUUUGACGUUCGUGCAAACCGCAUGCGCGCGGCAGUGCGAACUGGCUUUAUCGUGCGAGACACUGCUUUCUUGGACACGGGCAGACUCGCAGUGACUGGUGGGCCGUAUCUCUCGCGCGGAGCCAGUGAUGUCGUUGCCCUUGACUUUUACGACUACGCCACAAUGUCUCGCGUUGCGCGAGCAAAAGACGUCUGCGCCCGUUCGUCCGCGGCCAUUUCGUCGCUCUCGGUGGAUUCUAAAACGAACUGCCUCUUGACGAGCUCCUGGAGCGGCGGGAUUGGAUUGUGGAACAUUGCCACGGGUGCUUCGAUGCGUUCAGUCGUGCUGCCAAAGCCCCAACAAGGCGGCGAGAAUGACACGCUUUCGCUCGCCAACUUGGCUCUCGGUCCGCAACGCAUCUUCCGCGGUCAGCUGGAUGGAACGAUUCAAGUCUUCUCCCCCAGCUUAACAUUGCCUCCUGUGGCAUUGCCCGGUGCCUUCUUUGCUGCGAACAUGUCGGAUUCCGUGUAUUCGGACGAACUGCGCGAUAUGGUGGCUUCCCGCUUUGGCAGCUCGUCGGUUACGAUUAACUCGCGGUUGUCGGGCAUGUUUCCACGCUAA